AAACAAAUAACAAUAAAUGCAUCAAAAUGCAUUCCAGCCAUGUGGGGACGUCCUUCUAUGGUCAAUCGUUGCAGUUCAGUUAUUGCACCAUCUAAAUUACAUCAACUUUCCAAUUAUCAAUGUCAAAUGAGACAAUUACAUACUGGAGAUAAAAAAGAUUGGAAAGUCAAUGUGCCAUCACACAUGAUUGAGAUGACAGAAGAUCAGAAAAUUGUUCUUAAAAUUUACGAUCUUGAAGAAACAACAUCAAAUAAAACUCAUGAAUUACAUCUAUCAUUUGAUGAUGAUGGUAAAUUGUACGUACAAGCAAAAGAAGAUUCCAAUGUAGUUUAUACCGAUGACCAGAAAAACAUUUCGGCAACUGAAGAAUACUAUAGAAAAGAAUCAGCAUUUAAUACAUUUUCAAACUGGCUAACACACCUAAUAAAAUUUGAUAAAUUAAAAAAUUAUUUAUCCGAGUAUAAAGUAUUUACAUAA